AUGUCUCCAAAAAUAUACAUYAUCRCCGGCAACGAUGACCACCARUWUUGCGGUUCARUUGACCAGCCAGUGUGCGAURGCGUCGSAGGUCACAGGUCAUCAUCGGCUGCCGAUAUAUACGUAGGCAGUGGCCAUCGUAGUCGUCGCCGACGACGGUAUCUACUCUAUGACCAGAAUUUUGGCGAAGGCUUUAAUCUGAGACGCGAUGUCUACAUACGUAUGGCACUGUUGGUCCAUCGUUUGGGUCCCGACUGGACACUGGUUUUGCCCGAGUGGAGUCAUAUACCUCACUGGACAUCGGCGGCCGCCGACGCCGAUCGGCAGUCACCACACCAUAGACAAUGGCAAACCUAUUUUGAUGUGCAAAGUAUGAACCGAUUUGUACCGGUCAUCGARUACUCGGACUUUCUAUCCGAGAGUCAACUGAGCGCCGGUAGUAGUAGUAGUGUUGGUGACGAUGAGCACAGGGAUGCUAUAGUGGACGUCGUGUUGUGUUUGGAUCACUACGAGGACACGUUUGACGGCAAUAAYAUCAAUCAAUGGCACGAAAGGUACGACUUGAAGGAGUGUAUGGAUWGCAAACAUUUUCGYAAAGUCAGCGAUGGACGGGUAGUUAGCAAAUACGGUGGAACAGCAACGGACGGGUUAACCAUCAAACGGUUGGUGUGUCUUAGGAUUGAUGGCUAUGUGUCGACAUUGAAGCAGAUUAUAGACAAYGAAAAGCAAUUUGCGGACAAUUCGGUGAUAUAUAUAUCGCGCGCCGAAACUGUACUCAACGACGACUUCGGAACAGUUAUCUAUUGGACAGUUAGACGAAGUAUGAGAUUCAGUGGACAACUCGUAGAGAUAGCCGACCAGUUUCGUCGCGAAUCACUCCAGUCGGACGAUGUCAAYGAUAAGACACUGUUGGACAGUAACUGGCAAACGAUGCGGCGAACGGCCGGUCAGGCAAUCGGCGGUAAUUACCUAUCGGUUCACUGGCGUCGGCGAGACUUUGCCCGAUAUCGUAGUCAAGACAUACCCGACGUUCAAUGUGCGGCCAAACAGAUAGAAUGGGCACUACRGGAGUACCGUAUAGAUAGUCGGACAGUGUUUGUGGCCACCGAUGCACCGGCCRGCGAGUGGUCAGACCUACGGAGCAUUUUGCUCGGCCAUGACGUCCGAGUGCUGCGGUUUACUGCCGUGAUCAGACGGCGUGAUCAGCCCGUACUCAGCGACGGCCAGCUGGCCGUUAUUGACCAGUGGAUAGCAGCACACGGCCGCCUAUUUAUCGGUACCUAUGAGUCAACUUUUUCGUUUCGCAUACAAGAGGAACGGGAGAUACUCGGGUUUUGGCYCAAUACUACAUUUAACCGACUGUGCAGUCAAUGUGUSGACAAGUCGUCGUCGUCUAUGRUAUUAUGCAAACAGGAGUCUCAAUGGAAAAUAGUUUAUUAA